AUCUACUUACCUGCCCAGUUCGGCACCCAAUGCAUCGCAUCACCAUGAUGUUUCGCCGAGUCCACCGUUUCGCCGAGUGCCCGUAUCGCGCGAAGCGGGGAAGCACAAGCAGAUACCCAUGAAGCCAAGCUUCCAUUCUGGCUCAGAUCCGCAGGCUAAAUAAAUCAGCAGCACGCCCACGCCGGUUUCUUGGUAAUAUAUAGAGUGUUCUGACGCAUCAUUACUAUGGAACUUGGCCGGCUAGUGAGCGGGCGGCCUGAGGGAGUUGAGCAUAAACUCAAUUCACCACUGCCGGUGCAGAGACGGGGCCCGUGAUAUAUGUGUAGUAUUACAGGGUUAUGGGGUUUCUUAUAAAUAAGGUGGUGGCACCCUCCACCGGAUCGCCGCUGCCUGUCCUUAACCUUAACAUUCCUUGAAACUCUGUUGGCCUUUUUGGUUAUAAAUUACAAAAUGCACAUCAGCGUUUCCUCCACGGCGCUCCUCGCCUCCCUGGCCCAUAUCCUGACAGCGUCCGCGCAGGAUGCGUGUCCGGGGGCGCUGACGCCGAGCUAUGCGCAGCCGGUUUUCGCGGAUGGGUGGACAGGGAGUUUGGUUGCGAAGGGGCUGACGAGGCCGAGGGGGAUGCAAUUGGAUUCGCAGGGGAAUUUGUUGGUUGUGCAGCAGGGGGUUGGGAUUGUUCAUCUUCAGUUUACAGAUGGGGGUGGGACGUGUCUCACUUUGGCUAAGAAGACGACGUUGAUUACGGAUAGUGUUCUCAACCAUGGAAUUGGCCUCUCAGAGGAUGGCAAGACGCUAUACGCAUCUUCCGUCGAUGCCGCCUUCUCCUGGCCAUAUGAUGCGGAGGCAGUUACCCUGGGCACAAAGUCAACAAUUGUCACUGGAAUGAACAAUGCCGGUCACAGCACACGCACCAUCUUGCUUUCAAAGAAGGAGCCAGGCUGGCUAAUUCUAAGCCGUGGAAGCGCUGGGAACAUUGACCCAUUGGCUGAGGAUAAGUCGAGUGGACACUCUCACCUGAAAGCUUUCAAUAUCGCCAACCUGACCGCAUCCAGCCCUCCGUAUGACUUCACAGCUGAUGGGAGAAUUCUCGGAUGGGGCAUGAGGAACGCCGUUGGAGUUGGAGAGGAGCCCACCACUGGAGGCAUCUUCACCGUUGAGAACUCUGCUGAUAAUGUCGCUCGAAGUGGAACGGAUAUCCACGCCACCAACCCGGGUGAGGAGAUGAACUUCGUUGGUACCCUCGCCUCGACCGAGAACCAAGGUGGUAACUACGGGUAUCCUAACUGCCUCGCUGUGUGGAACACAGAUAUCCCAAACAUCGGGUCCAUGACAGUCGGCAGCCAGUUCGCAGUUGAUGUAACAGAUCAGACGACGACUGUUACCGAUGCUGACUGUGAGGAAAGAGUCAAGCCAAGGCUGACAUUUGAGCCGCAUACGGCACCUCUGGAUGUCAAGUUUGCCGCUGAUGGAAGCAAAGCAUUUGUCUCCUUCCACGGAAGCUGGAACAGUCCAAUUCCCGUUGGUUACAGGGUCGCCAUGAUUGAUUUCGCCAACGGCCAGCCCGUAGCUGCUGCGGACAGUCAAACCGCUGCGGUGGAUCUCUUCACCAACUCUGAUAUCACGAAAUGCCCAAGUGCUUGCUUCAGACCAGCUGGCUUGUUCCUGGAUGGCACGGGUAGGCUGUUUGUCAGCUCGGAUGCCACGGGAGAGAUUUGGAUCUUGGGCCCUACCAGUUCUACAACUCCUACUCCGCCUGCCACCUCUGGAGGCAGACGACGAGCCCGUCUUCCACGUUUGUAGACACGGCGAUGUAUGGACGGUGGUGUGGGAGUCUCGCUGAGCACGUUUAUUUGAAUUUGUAUAUAGUUGAAUAUAUAACGGAAAAUUAACG